GAGCCGGGGCCCGGACGGGAGAGUAGUAAUAAUAACGGUAUCUGUUCAGCGCUCACCCUGUGCCAAGCACCGUUCCCAGAGCUAGUCGAAGGGCGUCGAGAGCGGAGCGGGAACCGGGCCGCGGCCCGAAGCUGGGGGAGCCCGGGGUCGGGCGGGAGGGGAAGGCGAGGGACCGGUGGGGGGGAAGGAGGGGAGCCUCCCCACCCCCCCAUGGGGUAGCCCCCCGAGGGGCCGGGUCAUGCUGUCCCGCAAGGGGAUCAUCCCGGAGGAGUACGUGCUGACCCGGUUGGCCGAAGAUCCCGCCGAGCCCCGCUACCGCGCCCGGGAACGGCGGGCCCGCUUCGUGGCCAAGAAUGGCAACUGCAAACGUGGCCCACAGAACAUCCGGGAGCAGGGCCGCUUCCUGCAGGAAGUCUUCACCACCCUGGUGGACCUCAAGUGGCACCACACGCUGCUCAUCUUCACCAUGUCCUUCCUGUGCAGCUGCUGCUCUUCGCCAUGGCCUGGUGGGCUGCUGGCCUUCGCCCACGGCGACCUGGACCGCCACGGCCCGGUGGCCGGGGCCGGGCCCGGGGCCGGCGGCGAACGGGGCCUUCGUGCCUGCGUGACCAGCAUCCACUCCUUCGCCUCGGCCUUCCUCUUCUCCAUCGAGGUCCAGGUGACCAUCGGCUUCGGCGGCCGCAUGGUGACCGAGGAGUGCCCGCUGGCCAUCCUGGUCCUCAUCGUGCAGAACAUCGUGGGGCUGAUGGUCAACGCCAUCAUGCUGGGCUGCAUCUUCAUGAAGACCGCCCAGGCCCACCGGCGGGCCGAGACCCUCAUCUUCAGCAAGCACGCGGUCAUCGCCGUGCGCCACGGCCGCCUCUGCUUCAUGCUGCGGGUGGGCGACCUGCGCAAGAGCAUGAUCAUCAGCGCCACCAUCCACAUGCAGGUGGUCCGCAAGACCACCAGCCCCGAGGGGGUGGUCCCCCUGCACCAGGUGGACAUCCCCAUGGAGAACGGCGUGGGCGGCAACAGCAUCUUCCUGGUGGCGCCCCUCAUCAUCUACCACGUCAUCGAGCAGCAGCCCCUCUACGACCUGGCGCCGGGCGACCUGCACCACCACGAGGACCUGGAGGUGGUCGUCAUCCUCGAGGGCGUGGUGGAGACCACGGGCAUCACCACCCAGGCCCGCACCUCCUACCUGGCCGACGAGAUCCUCUGGGGCCGGCGCUUCGUGCCCAUCGUGGCCGAGGAGGACGGGCGCUACUCGGUCGACUACUCCAAGUUCGGCAACACGGUGAAGGUGCCCACGCCCGCCUGCACCGCCCGCCAGCUGGAGGAGAACCGCAGCCUGCUGGACACCCUGCCCCUCACCUCCCCCAAGAGCCAGCUCAGGAAAAGGAGCGUGGCCGGGGCCAGGGCCAAGCCCCGGUUCAGCAUCGCUCCGGAUUCGUCCUGAUGCGUCCGGUGCCCGGGCGGACCCUAUCCUGGGCCUCGGGCUCGGCCUCCACCUAGGCCCGCACUCCGACCCCACCCCCAAUAUCAGCCGCGGGCGGGGGUCCAUUGGGGCCCGUUGUCACCUCGAGCCACGGGGUCAAGGACGCAGGUCGUGUGAGGCCUCCUCCUCCUCCUCCCUGAGACGAGGAGGAGAUAGCCGGGGCCACGGGCCUCUCGGCCUUGACUUAUCGAUCCUCAUGGCUCCGCCUAUGGCACGGGUCCUCAGGACGCUGUUGUCCUGCCAGUCUGUCAGCCCGGGGUGUCAUGCAGUAUUUAUUAUCGAGCUAUUUAUGGUCGCGCUGCUCACCGCCACUCGGUUAUUUUUGUCUGUGCUCCUGGAACGAGCACCGGUCGGCCUGGGCUAGGCCGGGCCCGGCUGCCGCCACGAGGGACUCUGGGAGGGGGUCCCGGGGGUGGGGGGAAGGGAGGGGACGGGGGUCCGGAGAGGACUGGGGUUUAGUGUCGGACCCUGUGGGUGACCGGGGCCCACUGGUCAGCUGGCACCGCCCGCGCCUCCCCCCCCCCCACACCCCGGACUCUGGUCUCUGCAGCUGUCUCUGUCUCUGCGUCCCUCCGCCCCUCGGGGUUAGGACUGCAGUUUCCAGGAGGAAGCUGAGAGCCACUCACAGUCAAACCACCCUGGUGGAGCUCCUUGGACCUCAGAGCCCCCGGCGGGGGGAGACGGGCUGGUGGCGGGGCAGGGGGCAGGGGGGAGGACAGCCGAGACGGUGUCCUCAGCUGCGUAAAUCCAAAGAGGAGUGUCAGGGCAGGUCCUGGGGGGAGGGAUCUGGGGGUUUCCGGGGUCUGGGGGGCUGGGGAGAGGGCAGAUAGGUCGGGAAAGUCCAGAAGAGGCGGAGAGAGGCAGCCUGGAUGGGGAGAGCCCGGUGCCAACGCCCCAGACUCUCUACCCAAAUGCCUGAAGUGUGAUUAAUAAUAAUAACGAUGGUAUUUGUUAAGCGCCGUGUGCCAAGCACUGUUCCAAGCGCUGUGGUAGACA